AUGAAUGAUUUAGUUACUUCGAGGAUACUAACUGCAGCAGACUUUUCUGUAAAGCCAUGUGACAAUUUUUACGAGUUUGCCUGUGGUAAAUGGAUGGAGAAGAAUAUAGUGCCAGAAGAUAAGUCUUACCAUGCUACUUUCACAAUACUACGUGAUGAAGUUCAAAUUAUCAUUAAAGGAUUACUUGAAAACAACGGAACAGAAGAUGAUAUAGAAUCUGUUUCCAAAGCAAGAAAUUUGUACCAAUCUUGUAUGAAUACAGGUAGAAAUAGCAAGGAACCAGUCUUGCAUGAAUUCAAAUGGAUCAAGUUAGGUUACUCCUUCCGAGUAGAGAUUACUACACCAAAGGAAAAGAUGACAUGCUUAGAGGGUUAUCUUCGGGAGACGUUUUCCAUGAAAGGUGUAGAAAUUGAGCUAAACGAUGAAGAUACUGUUAUUAUACAUGACAUGAAUUACACGUCAAAAUUUAAUGACUUUUUGGAUAGCUAUUCUCCAAGAACGGUUGCAAAUUAUGUUAUCUUAAGAUUUCUCCGAAAUAGAUGGAAUAAUUUACCUAAGAGAUUUACAGAUUUGGUUUUAGAGUUAUCCAAGUUGACAGACGGAAGAACAGUUUCGAAACCAAGAUGGCAAAAAUGUUCUUCAUUAGUAACAUCUUACAUUGGACUCGCAGUAGGACGUCUGUUUGUAAAGGAUAAUUUUGCUCCGGACGCAAAAGUUGAGAUGAGCACUAUGAUUAAAUAUAUAAAAGAAUCGUUUAAUGAUAUAUUGAACGAACUGGAUUGGAUGGACGAAGAUACAAUGGCUGUAGCUGAAGAAAAGAUUGAAUACAUGGAGGAAAAAAUAGGAUACGAUGAAGAUAUUUUGGAUGACGAUUUAUUGGAUAGGCGCCAUGAAAACGUCAGCAUCGAUCCAAACUUUUACUUUGACAAUAUAUUAGGAUUAUUAAACACGGCUGUUAAGGAGAACUUGAUUAAGCUUCGAUCAAAAGUAUAUCGCCUAGGUUGGGAAACUGCUCCGUCAACUGUCAAUGCUUACUACAGUUCUACAAACAACAGAAUAAUAUUUCCUGCAGGUAUUUUACAGCAACCAUAUUAUCAUAAAGAUCAGCUGUGGUCCCUGAAUUUCGGCGCAAUUGGAACUUUGAUUGGACAUGAAAUAACACACGGAUUUGAUGACGGAGGUCGUCAAUUUGAUAAAGAUGGUCGACUUGAUCAAUGGUGGAACGAUAGUGCAAUUGAACGGUUUAAUAAAAAAACAGAUUGUUUUAAGAACCAGUAUGGUAACUUUAGAUUACCAGAAGCAGGAGGCAUUAAGAUGAAUGGUAUCAACACUCUUGGUGAGAAUAUUGCUGAUAAUGGUGGCAUAAAACAAAGCUUCCGAGGAUAUCAAAAAUGGCUAAAGCACAAUGGUGGCGAAGAAAAGUUAUUACCUGGAGUUAACCUGACCAAUAAUCAAUUGUUCUUUAUAGCAUUUGCUCAGAUUAGAUGCACAAAUAUGAGAAAGAAAGAUGCCAUCGGCAGUAUCUUGACUGCUGUCCAUAGUCCAGCAAGGUUUAGGGUUAUUGGCACUUUGCAAAAUUACGAAGAAUUUGCAAGAGUUUACAAUUGUCCUGUCGGCAGUUUUAUGAAUCCUCUAAAGAAGUGUUCCGUUUGGUGAGGAUUUUGUGAACAAGGGCUGCAACAAAGCCUUAUGGAUACAAAUGUCAAUCUUCGAAACAGAGACUAUAUUGUUUACAUUUAUCCAAUAUGAUACUGGUUCUGUCUUAAGCUUGUUCUUACAAUCGGACAUGCAUCAAUUCAAAAGACCAGGCAGUGACCUAUGGCAUUAUCGUGUUUGUUUUCUACUGAGAAAGUCAUGUGCACUUAUUUUCUGAAAUGUACAAAAAACAAUGUAUUUUCAUAUCAAGAAUUAACGUACCAAAAUUCACAAAAUGACCUGAUAAAAACUUUACUAUAAUCAUUGAUUAGACCCGAUUUUUUAUAAAAUUUAAUAAAACCUUUUCCUAAAUAUUUUGGAAAAACUCGAUUCCAGCAAACAAAUUUUUCGAACUAGUAUCGCCAUUCAAAUUAUCAUGUAUACAUGCAUGAUAUGUUACAUGUAACAUCAAGCACAUGAUAUCAGCGCUACAAAGCUUCAAUACACUGUUAUUGCUAUGCAUACCAAGAAUUUGAUGUCUCACAUGGAAUGAGUUGACCUUCUGUUUCAAAGAUUGUAUGGACAUGUGAUAAUGUGGAUAACAGGUUAAUUACCAGAUGAAGAUGUAAAUUAACUAUUGGAAUAUCAAAAUACAAACAUAAUACGUCAUUUUAUAUACUAGCAUAAACUAGUGGGUUUCUUUUCAUCAUUUAAAUUGAAAUCAUCAUUAUUCAUGUAUGUCUAUGCUUUGUAGUGUCAAACGAGCACUUGAAGUUGCAGAUUGAACACACCGAGAAAUAAUACGCUGAACACGCCUGUAUUAAAUUAUAUAUGCAAAUAACGGUUUCAAUAUUCAGGGACGGAGCCAGGAUUUUUCAAUAGGGGUCGUUAUUCUAGAAAACGGAAUACAUAUGGCAAGAAAAUCGUGAACGAUUUUAUGCUAAAGAAAAUCGAAUAAAUCGUGAAAAACGAGAUAUUUUUUGCAAUCAAAACGGGGGGCUACGCACUCAACAUCCUCCUCCUGGAUCCGCCACUGGUAUUGUUAGACAGACUUGUUCAACAUUUUGUGGAUUUCAGUGGUACGAACUGCCAUUAUAUAAUUAAGGAAUUCUAGAAAAUUACACAUUCUUGAAACUUGUUCAAUAAAUAACAUAUUCUUCAAA